AUGAAGAGAAGAAGGAAGAAAAAAAAAGAAAAAAAAGAUGAUGAGAAAAAGGAAGAAAAAAAUGAUGAAGAGAAGAAAGAAGAAAAACAAGAUGAAGAAAAGCAUGACGAAGAGGGUACUGAAGUAGUUGAUUAUUCAAAUGUGGAGGUGCCAUCUUCCUUACAAUCCCUUUGUCGUUAUGUAGAAACGACACUAAAGCCUCAGGAGAAGAUCAUGACCUUCACAAUUGAGAAGGAGGUGUUUGGUGCAGAUCGCAGUACCUUCGUCUUGCAUGAAGAUAUUACACAGUUAGCAGGCAUGGAAGAAAUUGGGGCUACUGUGGUUGCAGUAUGUAUGAGGUGCUUAUAUGAUUGUUUGAGAGAAGCAAAUAUGUGCAGCAUGGUUGGCUUUAUCGACCCUGCUCAAGUUAGUGCCAACGCUGGGUCACUAAUUGACAGAUCACGAAUUGUAGCCAGUCGACUUCAGAAGACAGAUGGUGAACAGAUUUUCAUGAUGCCUUACAAUCCAGGCCGUCAUUGGGUCUUGCUGAUUGUGAGAGCAAAGAGGGAAACCGUCUAUUUUUUGGAUCCUCUGCUUGGAAAUCGUGUGGUUGAUGAGGAGGGCAAAAACAUCGUGAACAGUGCUUUAAAAAUUUAUAAUUCCCACAUAGGCAAACCAGGCCGUAAAGCACCAAUUUGGAAAACUCUGCCAGGCACACCAAAGCAACCCAACAGUGUUGAAUGCGGGUAUUAUGUGAUGCGCUUCAUGAGGGACAUCAUCAUGGAUCCUUCCUUGGAGUUUGAGAAGAAGGUAAGAAGAAAAUUUUCAGAAACAUUUUAUGUGGUUUUUUGUAUUAUCAACGACGGUCCUUUAAAAUUACCGUCGUUGAAUCGAUAUACUAUGUCGGUUAUGAAAAAUAGCGUCAUCUGUGAUUGA